CAGUUUUCAGUGGCUGUUUCUGUGUCUGUUUCUGAUUCCGAUUCCGAAUCCAAUUCAGUUUCUGCUCAGUUCUUCGUCGUUCGCGCUGCCUGACUGUUGUUGCCUCCUGCGAUCGAGCGGGAUUUUUGGGCAGGAAUCGAGUACUUCAAUCGAAACAGAUCGGAUCGCGCUGAAUAAAACACGUUUCGGGCCCCGGAACAAGAUACACUUUUGCGUAUUCCUGGAGUGCUUCGCAUACCGUAUACCCAUAUACCAUCUGGUGUUUCGGUUCUCUCUCGCGCAUUUGAAUAGCUGGCGUUGUUUGUUUGUUUGCUGGCUGCCUCAACCAUAACAAAAAAAAAAUAUAUAAAAUAAAUAGCCAAGAAGGCACGAGUGCGAGUAUCUGAGUAUCUACAAAGUAGCAAAGAGUAUAAAGUAUCUAAAUGUGCUGGGGAAGAACCGUCUCUUCGGGCAGCGGCCAAAAAAGAAAUAUAUAAUGCUAAUAAACCAAAAACACGUUUUAUGCCAUUUGUGUUUUGCUCUUCUCGGAAAACAGUCUCAUCUUGAUAGAAAUCCAAAGAGCUGAGAACUGAGAGCUGAGCGGAAAAACCACCUACAUUAUUCAUGUACUUCCAAUGCAGAUGCCAAUCCUCAGUGUAUUCAAUUAACUAGGAGCCAUAUGCCCAUUGCCAAAGCCAAGAACUAAACGAUAUCACAAAGAAAGGAAGCCCAAUACACAAACUAGGAGCCAUGAACGAGCUGCAGGCCUCUAGUGUCCCGCUGGUGGACAAGUGCUCGUCACACGCCGUCAUCCUGCCGGCGGCCAAGAGUCCCAACAAAGUCUCCGAUUCGGCGGCCACCACAGCACCCAAUGCCGUUCUCUACACAAGCGGGAAUAUGUCUUUGUCUACGCUCUCCACGGGCAGUAAUCCAACUUCAAAUCCUAAUCCCAGACAGGAGCCAGUGCCUCUGCUCAGCCAACUGAAGCUGACCAACGACCUCAAGCAGAACAGCCACGGCUCCCAGAACAACCUUUGCAACGGCGGCUUGGGCGGUAAUAAUCAUGGACUGGCCCCCAAGGUGGCCAACAACAGCGGCGGGAGUCCCAAUGGCCAGAAGAAGGGCACCAUCGCCCUGUCCCAUCUGCCGCAAAGGCCGCCGGUGGACAUUGAGUUCUGUGAUAUAUCCUACUCGGUGGCCGAUAGCCAUCGGCGGGGCUUCAAGACCAUACUCAAGAGCGUCUCGGGCAAGUUCCGGAAUGGCGAGAUCACGGCCAUCAUGGGACCCUCGGGAGCCGGAAAGAGCACGCUGAUGAACAUCCUGGCUGGCUACAAAACUUCCCAACUGAGUGGAUCGGUGCUGAUAAACAGCAAAGAGCGGAAUCUGCGGCGCUUCCGCAAGCUCUCCUGCUACAUCAUGCAGGACGACGUCCUGAUCGGCAACCUGACCGUUCGCGAGGCCAUGAUGGUGGCCGCCAACCUCAAGCUGGGCAAGAACAUGAUCAGCUACGCCAAGGUGGUGGUGGUCGAGGAGAUUCUCGAGACGAUAGGCCUGAAGGAGUCGGUGAAUACGCUGACAUGCAACCUAUCCGGUGGUCAGAGAAAGCGUCUGUCGAUUGCCCUCGAACUGGUGAACAAUCCACCCGUAAUGUUCUUCGAUGAACCCACCUCGGGACUAGACAGCUCCACCUGCUUCCAGUUGAUUUCACUGCUGAGAUCCUUGGCUCGGGGGGGAAGGACCAUAGUCUGCACCAUCCAUCAGCCGUCGGCGCGACUCUUCGAGAAGUUCGAUCAUCUGUAUCUGCUGGCCCAGGGACAGUGCGUCUACGAGGGCAGAGUGAGGGGUCUGGUGCCCUACCUCUCGUCGCUGGGCUACGAGUGCCCCUCGUAUCACAACCCCGCUGAUUACGUUCUGGAGGUGGCCUCCGGGGAGUACGGAGAUGCAGUGCCAAAGUUGGUGGAGGCGGUGAAGAGUGGUGCCUGCAAGAAGUACGCGCACAAGGAUUAUGUUUUAACCUUGGCCCAGAAGAUGGGCCAGAAUGACAUUAUCAAGGGCGGUGGCAGUGGGGCGACGGCCACUCUAACCCUGGAGGAUGAGAAGCCGCCGCUGGAACCCUCGAUCCUCGUAGAGGAUCCCGCGGAGGAGCUGAAACCACCGAUGAAGCUGGAGACGCAGCAGUCGCAGAACUCCGACUGCAGCGUGGUCAAUAUGCCAACCGCCGCCGUGGAUGACAGCUGCAGCUUCAGCUCCUCGAAGGGCACCACCCACAAUGCGGUGGGUUCGGGAGGAUCCGGCGGAGGACCCAGUGCCGUGGUGGGUUGCAUGACCUCGCUGCUGGACUCGCACGAGAGCGUGGUCACCCUGCCCAGCAAGACGGGCUUCCCCACCAGCGGAUGGACCCAGUUCUGGAUCCUGCUCAAGCGCUCCUUUCGCACCAUUUUGAGGGACAAGAUGCUCACCCACAUGCGACUCUUCUCGCACGUCAUCGUGGGCGCCAUCAUCGGGAUGAUCUACUACGAUGUGGGCAACGAGGCCAGCAAGAUCAUGAGCAACGCCGGCUGCAUCUUCUUCGUCUCCCUGUUCACCACCUUCACCGCCAUGAUGCCCACCAUUCUGACCUUCCCCACCGAAAUGUCGGUGUUCGUGAGGGAGCAUCUCAACUACUGGUACUCGCUGAAGGCCUUCUACUUUGCCAAGACCCUGGCGGACAUGCCGUUUCAGAUCGUCUUCUCGAGCGUCUAUGUCCUAGUGGUGUAUUACCUAACUUCCCAGCCCAUGGAAUUGAACCGGGUCUCGAUGUUUGUGCUAAUCUGCGUGCUGAACUCACUGGUGGCCCAAUCGCUGGGUCUGCUGAUCGGAGCGGGGAUGAAUAUCGAGACGGGGGUAUUCCUGGGUCCCGUGACCACAAUACCCACGAUAUUGUUCUCCGGGUUCUUUGUGAACUUUGACACCAUUCCGGGCUACCUGCAGUGGGUCACGUACGUCAGUUAUGUGCGCUAUGGCUUCGAAGGAGCCAUGGUGGCCAUCUACGGAAUGGAUCGGCCCAAGAUGCACUGCAACCAGAUGUACUGUCACUACCGCAUGCCCAAGAAGUUCCUCGAGGAGAUGUCCAUGGAUAACGCUCUGUUCUGGGUGGAUGCCGUCGCCCUCAUCGGAAUAUUCUUCGCCCUGCGCAUCAUCGCGUAUUUCGUGCUGCGAUGGAAACUGCACAUGAUCCGCUAGGCGGUUCCAAGUGGGAUUUGUUCAUAGUCUAGGGUUAUCAUUACUAUACCACAUACGUUAGAGAUCACCUGUAUAUAGAAAAGGUUGGGGGGCUAGGGGGCGAGGAGGGAGAGUGGGAUACCAGGAUUGUAGCUAGAUCGUAGCUUUACCGCAUUCUUCAACUUCUCCCGUCGGGCUUUGUACGUUUAUACCGACAGA